AUGAAGUUCACCUGUAUAAUACUUCUACACGCAUUCAUUUGCUGGUUCUUCAAGAUGACCAUCGCGAGUCAGUGUAAGGCAGCAUCUUACUCCAUACAAGAUCACGUGCUUAUAAACCACGUCGUCAAGGCCGGGCCUGCAGAGCUGAUUGAACACUGCAUCUCCCGGUGCAUCGAACGUCCCGGUUGCCAUAGCAGUAACUUUUAUCGGAUAAGCAAAUGGUGUGAACUGAAUGAUAAAACGCACGCUUCCCAUCCUGAAGAUAUGAGACAAGUUCCAUUUACAAACUACAUGGAGAAUACUGUUAGACCUCUCACCUGCAGAAACGACUCAGACUGCGGCAGAAGUUUGUUUUGCUUUCUAUCGAAGUGCGAAGGUGAGUUGGGGGAUUACUUCAUCUUACUUUGACCUUCCUUGUUACGUAUUAGUAAAAGUAAAGCAAUCAAAUAUAAUUAGCUUUUACGGGAGCCCAUCAAAUGGGCUCCUGGCUUCUAAAAGGAUUUUAAACCUGUUUUCUUUUUUCUUCCUUUUCACAGUAUGCAGUAUCCAUGCACUUGGGAUGGAAAGUAAAGCAUUGCCGAAUUCAGCCAUUACAGCGUCCUCUUUUUGGACGAAGCACCCUGGGCACGACCCUUGGCUUGCCCGGCUCAAUAAUGUUCCAAAACGUGGCAGCACGGGCUCCUGGUCAGCAAAAUUUAAUAAAACCGGCGAGUGGUUACAAGUUGAUCUCGGGGAGGAAAGGCUGCUAACAAACCUGUCCACACAGGGGAGGCCUUCCGUGAAUCAAUGGGUGAAGUCCUACAACAUUUUGUUCAGUUCGGACAGCGUCAAAUGGGAGUCAUACAAGGAAAAUAAUGCUGUAAAGGUAUGUGAUCGUGAUUUUAUUUCUUAACACGAUUCUAAUACUGGGAUGGUCGAGGCCACAAGCAAAGUCAAUAGCAGAAGGAUGGCUACUGACAAGGUUCUACGAACAAGCAAAAACUUGCGAGUCGAAAAUCUCACAAAUUUCGUAUUUUCUUGAUCUAGUUGGAAAAUAAUCUAACACAAUGAUUGUAGUUGCCAUCAACGGCUCGAUCUAGUGAAAAGGUGGAUAUCAGGAAGCUCAGUUACCGUAUUAUCAACAAAACUAACGGUAAUAAAUUGAGGGUGUAAAUUCAAAUUUUCUGUCCAUUGUUUCACACGGCUUUUCUUGAUUGUUUGGGUGUUAAGAAAAUGCAUCCGCUGCUAAUUAUUUAUCAUAAAUUUUGAACAAUCUACUAGACGUUUCGGGGUUAAUUGUACUACUUUUUUUGCCGAUCGACAUAUGUUAUUAUUUUAAUUUAUUAUUAUUAUUUUUUUUUUUUUUCAGGUUUUCGCGGCAAAUUCUGACCGUCAAACCAUCGUGUCCCACGCACUAACUCCAAGGUUCCGGGCAAGAUACGUGCGAUUUGUUGCCAUGACGUGGCAUAGCCGUGCAUCCAUGCGAGUUGAACUGUAUGGCUGUGCUGCACCAUAA